AUGCUUGGUGCAGAAAAAUACACCUUUGAUUCCUUUUGCAAUAAAAACGACACCAGGUGCCUCUCAAUUUCUUGCCAAAAUAAUUCUACAUGCACUUAUUUUUCAAAAGACAACAAUUGCCGUUGUUCAGACACAGCCGGUAAUUUGGACAAAGACUGUGACAACCUAAAAGAUUCUUGCUUCUCUAAACCCUGUCAGCAAAAUGCCUCCUGUGUGAACACCGUAGGAGAGAGGGGCUUUCUGUGCAAAUGCCCUCCUGGCUAUAGUGGGGUGACCUGUGAAGCUGCCAUUAGUUCCUGCGGUGCAAACUUCUGCCAGCACGGAGGUAUUUGCCAUCACGACCCUGUUCACCCCAUCUGCAUCUGCCCUGCUGGGUAUACCGGAAGCUUCUGUGAGAUGGAUCACAAUGAGUGUGCUUCCAGCCCUUGCCACAAUGGGGCCUUGUGCCAGGAUGGAAUCAAUGGCUAUUCCUGCUUCUGUGUCCCCGGAUAUCAAGGCAGCCACUGUGACUUGGAAGUGAAUGAAUGUGUUUCAGAUCCCUGCAAGAACGAGGCUGUGUGCCUCAAUGAGAUAGGAAGAUACACUUGUGUCUGUCCGCGAGAUUAUACUGGUGUAAACUGUGAAUUGGAAGUUGAUGAAUGUUGGUCGCAUCCCUGUCUAAAUGGUGCAACUUGUCAGGACGCUCUGGGGGGUUAUGUCUGUGCCUGUGCCCCUGGAUUCCUAGGUGACCACUGUGAGCUCAACAUGGAUGAAUGUGCCAGUCAGCCGUGCCUCCAUGGUGGGCUCUGCGUGGACGGAGACAACAGAUACAGCUGUAACUGCAUGAGUAAUGGAUUCACAGGGACGCACUGUGAGACCUUGAUGCCUCUGUGUUGGUCAGAGCCCUGUCAUAAUAAUGCUACAUGUGAGAACAGUGCUGACAAUUACACUUGUCACUGCUGGCCUGGAUACACGGGUGCUCAGUGUGAGACCGACAUCAACGAGUGCCAUAGCAACCCCUGCCAGUUUGACGGCCAAUGUGUGGAGCUGUCCUCAGAGAAACAAUAUGGACACAUUGCUGGACUGCCCUCUGCAUUCAGCUACCAUGAAGCCUCAGGUUAUGUUUGUAUCUGUCGGCCUGGAUUCACAGGAAUCCACUGUGAAGAGGACAUCAAUGAAUGCUCUUCAAACCCUUGCCAAAACGGUGGUACUUGUGAAAACUUGCCUGGCAAUUAUACUUGUCAUUGCCCAUUUGGUAACUAUUCCGGAACAUUUUUUGGAGGAGAGGACUGUUCUGAUAUUCUCCUGGGCUGUUCCCAUCACCAAUGCCUCAGUAAUGGACUAUGCAUCCCUCACUUCCAAAAUGGCCAGCAUGGAUUCAGCUGCCUUUGUCCAUCCGGCUACACGGGGUCACUAUGUGAAAUUAGCACCACACUUUCCUUUGAGGGCAAUGGCUUCCUGUGGGUCACAGGUGACUCAGUAACAACCAAGAACUCAGUUUGUAACACAGCCCUUAGGUUUCAGACUGUUCAGCUAAUAGCACUUCUACUUUUCCGAGGUGACAGGGACACGUUUGUAAAGCUUGAGUUGCUAAAUGGUCACAUUCACUUAUCAAUUCAAGUCAAUAAUCAGUCCAAGGUGCUUCUGUACAUUUCCCACAACACCAGCGAUGGAGAGUGGCAUUCAGUGGAGGUAACGUUUGCAGAGGCUGUGACCCUCACCUUACUGGACAACUCCUGUGCAGAGAAAUGCAUCGCUAAAGCGCCUUCUCCAUUUGGAAGGGAUCAACCAAUAUGCACUUUUCGAAACUCGUUUUUGGGUGGUUUACCAAUAGAAAAGACCAGCAAUGGUGAUGUUCUGAUUAACACUUAUCCUAUACUAUCCGCACCUUCAUUUGUAGGCUGUCUCCAAGACAUUAAGAUUGAUUUGAAUCACAUUACUUCGGAGAACAUUUCAUCCAGCUCGUCAUUAAACGUCAAGCCAGGCUGCAUGAGAAAGGAUUGGUGUGAAAACCAACCUUGUCAAAAUAGAGGACGCUGCAUCAACCUGUGGCUUGGUUACCAGUGUGAUUGCCACAGGCCCUACAGAGGCCUCAACUGUCUGAGAGAGUAUGUGGCAGGCAGAUUUGGCCAGGCUGACUCCACUGGAUAUGCUGCUUUUAAACUUGACAAGAGUUACGGAGAGAACUUCACUCUCUCCAUGUUUGUUCAAACACGUCGACCAUCAGGCUUACUUCUAGCUUUGGAAAACAGCACCUAUCAAUAUAUCCGUGUCUGGCUAGAGCAUGGCAGACCAGCAAUGCUGACUCCAAGUUCUCCCAAAUUAGUAGUAAGAUUUGUUCUUAAUGAUGGAAAUGUCCACUUGGUAUCUUUGAAAAUUCGGCCAAAUAAAAUUGAACUAUAUCAGUCUUCACAACAUCUAGGAUAUAUUUCUUCUCCUACAUGGAACAUCCGAAAAGGAGAUGUCAUCUACAUUAGCGGCCUGCCUGACAGGCAAAAGACUGAAGUCAAUGGUGGGUUCUUCAAAGGCUGUAUCCAAGAUUUAAGAUUAAACAACGAAAAUCUGGAAUUCUUCCCAAAUUCAACCAGCGAUAAAACCCACAAUCCAAUUCUUGUCAAUGUUACUCGAGGCUGUCCUGGAGACAACAUCUGCAAGUCCAACCCCUGUCACAACGGAGGUGUUUGCUACUCCAUGUGGGAAGACUUCUCAUGUUCCUGCCCUCCGAACGCAACUGGGAAAGCUUGUGAGGAAGUUCAGUGGUGUCAGCUCAGCCCAUGUCCUCCAAAAGCCCAGUGCCUGAUGGUGCCCCAAGGAUUUGAAUGUAUUGCAAAUGCUGUUUUUAUUGGACAAAGCAGUGAAAUAUUAUUCAGGAGCAAUGGGAAUAUUACUAGAGAACUCACCAACAUCACAUUUGGUUUCAGAACAAAGGAUACAAAUGUUGUAAUAUUUCAUGCAGAGAAAGAGCCUGAAUUUCUUAAUAUUAGCAUUCAAGACUCUAGAUUAUUAUUUCAACUACAAAGUGGCAACAGUUUUUAUAUGCUGAGUCUGACAAGUUUGCAGCCAGUAAAUGAUGACACAUGGCACCAAGUGACUCUUUCCAUGACAGACCCACUGGCCCAGUCGUCCAAGUGGCAAAUGCAAGUGGACAACCGAACACCGUUUGUGACCAGUACAGCUGCUACUGGAAACCUCAACUUUUUGAAGGCUGAUACAGACAUUUACGUUGGUGACCGAACUUUGGACAAUAUGAAUGGCUUGCAAGGGUGUCUAAGUACAAUAGAAAUCAGUGGUAUUUAUCUCUCUUACUCUGAAAAUAUUCGUGGUUUCACUAAUAAACCCCAGGAAGAGCAGUUUCUCAAAAUCUCUACAAAUUCGGUGGUUACUGGCUGUUUGGAGCUGAAUGCCUGCAACUCCAAUCCUUGUUUGCAUGGUGGAAAUUGUGAAGAUCUCUACAGCUCAUAUAAUUGCACCUGUCCCUUGGGAUGGUCAGGGACACACUGUGAACUUGGCACUGAUGAAUGCUUUUCAAACCCCUGUAUCCAUGGUAACUGCUCUGACAGAGUUGCAGCCUACCACUGCAGUUGUGAGCCUGGAUACACAGGCGUGAACUGUGAAGUGGAGAUAGACAAUUGUCAAAGUCACCAAUGUGCUAAUGGGGCCACCUGCAUCAGCGACACUAAUGGCUAUUCUUGCCUCUGUUUGGGAAAUUUUACAGGAAAAUUUUGCAGGUACACCAGAUUACCCUCAACAGACUGUGGGAACAAGAAGACAAAUCUCACUUGCUACAAUGGAGGCAACUGCACAGAGGUCCGGGGUGAUUUAAAAUGUAUAUGUUGGCCUGGUUUCACUGGAGAACGGUGUGAAAAGGACAUUGAUGAGUGUGCCUCUGAUCCAUGCUUCCACGGAGGCCGGUGCCAGGACUUACUCAACAAAUUCCAGUGCCUCUGUGAUGUCGCCUUUGCUGGAGAGCGCUGUGAGGUAGAUUUGGCAGAUGACUUGAUCUCGGCUGUUUUCACCGCAAUUGGCUCAGUGACAUUAGCCUUGUUAUUGAUCCUCUUUCUGGCAGUUGUGGCUUCUGUUGUAGCCUCCAAGAAAAGGGCAACUCAGGGAACCUACAGCCCGAGCCGCCAGGAAAAGGAGGGUUCUCGAGUGGAAAUGUGGAGCAUGAUGCCACCACUUGCGUUGGAGAAGCUGAUUUAG